ACUCGCACCCGUGGGGACUACUGGUCAGCCCGGGCUCAGCCUCCGUACUACCAUCAUACACGUCUCCUGCAGCCGGGUCGAACACUCGUCAGAAUGCCUCCCUACGAGAAAUCCAUGGAAAUUAUGCCUUUCAAACAAAGGAAGUGCCUGGCAACAAGAAAAGAUGAAGUCUGCACUAUUCGAUCUAAGUUCCCCAACAAAUUGCCGGUAAUCGUUGAGAGAUACGUUCGGGAGAAUAAGCUUCCCCUGCUAGACAAAACCAAAUUUCUUGUCCCAUAUGAGCUCACAUUAGCACAGUUCCUCAGUCUACUCAGAAGUAAGAUAGUGCUGGAGGCAUCUCAAGCCCUGUACCUACUGAUCUCAGGAAAGAACAUGUCCUGUUUGUCAGCCAGCAUGGGAGAGGUUUACUCACAGUACAGAGACCCUGAUGGCUUUCUCUAUAUAACUUAUGCUUCCCAGGACAUGUUUGGGUGAAAAGACUCGCAAAAAUGACCAUCUGACACGCAGAUCUCACUUACCAUACCUCCAGACUGAUGCCUCUCUGAGAUCAUAACUCAGUAUUUGCUGCUAAAUGAAGACUAUUUACAACUGUAAAACCAGACAAUCCCACCUGGCCAAGAAGACUUCUCUGAUCUCAUUUUUUGUUUUGUAGUUUUGUAGAUUUCCUUGAGGCGAACUUUAAAGUCCAAUCAAUGGCCUUGAAUUUAGGUUAUAUUGAGCCCUUCAAAAUGAAGAAAAGAGUGUUGCAUGCACCACUCCUCAAGCUGAUCUUCCUCAGUCAUGGAUCUUUAAGUACCUACAGGACACAAACAGUCCUGUUACAAAGAGAGGGAGAGGGUCCUUGUUCAUCCUCCAUGACUGUGCAUCAGUGUUCCAAAAACUAACAUGGAGGAGACGGACAAACAAACAACACGGGAGCGCCAACUCUGGAAUGAAAAUGAGUGCAAACAACACUGUCAUUCUAUAGUCAGCUACAACAGUGGCUGAGAAACCUCAAUAAAUCAGUUAAGUUCUUUUAAAAUAAUUUCUGAUUGGUUUUUUGUCUUUAUAGAUUUUAUAAGAUUCUAUAGAAGCCAGAACUCGUCAUGGUAUAAAAUAAAAAUGUCAUUCUGACCUAAUUUCUCACUACUGUUUAUUUCUUGUAAUUAAAGCAUGAUUUAAAGUCAAAAAGUCAAUUGUGAGA